AUGGAGAGCCGUUGGAAGGUUGUUGGAAUGAGAAUUCGUCGACGGCGAGACGGUUUUGUGGGUUCAGAUCGUUCUGAUGAUUCGAGACAGCGUCGUCAUGAAGUUGAGAAAUGCACAAGACAGAGACGAAGAAGAAGAAGAAGACAUUGUCCAGUGACAGCGGCUGUUGCCGUGUUGGCCAUUGUGGGAGUCGCCUUGGCCUCGGGCGACUCAGACGCCACUCCUCCUGAGGAUUCCAAGAAUACGGAUGCGAUUGAUUCGUCGUCGUCUUUGCACCAAGAAGACGAAGAGACUCUGUCUUUUCUAUUGGACACUACUAGUACUACUACUACUACAACUACAAUCUCCAAAAAGAAGGAACUUCCCUUGCAUGCUCGCACCAUGGAAGAAGAACUCCAACUGCAUGCCGAGCAGCAACACAAUUCCAACGAACGCCUUCAAAGGGAACGAAUCUUCAAUCAGAAAGAACAAGAAGACUAUCUACAAUUCAUGGAAUGGUGUCAAAAUGUUCUCGGAAUUCAAACCAGUCUGGAAAUACACACAUUCUACUACUACGAUUACAUGACUGCCAUCAUGACGAAUCCUACCACGGACGAAGACGAAAAUGGCAAUGAGAAUGAUGAUGAUGACGACAAUUUUGACUCUACUAGAGAUACCACGGCAUCAUCAUCAACAACAUCCAAGAGUAAUCCACAACCGGAAUGGAUCGAUCCUCCCAUGAUCCCCGUCAGAGGACUAAGAGCCACACGAAACAUUACACAGGGAGAAAUCAUCAUUUCCAUUCCAUUUCAAGCACUGCUCACCGUUUCCACCUCCAUUGAUCAGGAUCCCGUACUCGGGCGAGUCAUGGGACCCAAGGCACGAAAAACGUUUGGAUGGACACUCGAACAAGACAAUACUGGCAAUACCAACCUUGAGGAAGAUUCUACUACGGAUACACCACAAGACACGGUUGACUUUUUUGAACUACCUCUACUCGCCAUGGCGUUACUGCAUCAUUACAAACUAGGAACGUCCAGUCCACUCUAUCCCUACAUUCACAUGCUCCAAAAAUCACACGUCGAAUCCAUGCCCUUUUUAUGGGACAAACCAAAACGAAAAAAGCAAUACGCCCAACAUCAUCCUUCUUCACGCACUACUACUACUAGUCGUACCAAAAAGGGAAUUCAAACAGUCGCACGAUCUAUACGACGCGAAAUGAAAGACAUGUAUCAUGCCGUGGUCGAUACACUCGUACUCCAUCAUCCAGAAUUGUUUGGGCGACCCAACCAUAACAACAACACUAAUCUUCACAACAACAACAAACACCAACACCACCAACAGUACGAUGUUCUCGAUGACAAUGAAUGGGCAUUCUCCUUUGAAAACUUUCAGUGGGCAUUUGCCAUGGUCAAUUCGAGACAUUGGCUAUUGCCCAUUUCCGACUUGGAGGACGAUGACAAUGACAAUGACAAUGACAAUGACACACCAGCAGCCCCGUCUCCCAUGAUGAUGCAACCACAGGGAAGUGUUGAUGGAGUCCCACCCGCCGAAAUGCCCACCGAUGCAUGGGUGGUAGCACAACGGGAACUAGACGAAAACACGACCACGACCACCAUGGCACAGCCACAACCGCCACCAUCCAAACCCAAAACGUCGUAUCAUUCCUUUCUCGCGCCGGUCGCAGACCUGCUCAAUUUUGGACCGCCCUGUACGCGAGGGCGGUACAACCAAGAAACAAAAACGUUUGAUGUCAUUGCCUCCUGCGACUUUAUACCGGGACAAGAAGUCACAUUCUGGUACAGUGACGAAUGCGAAGAAAUCAUCAUUGGCAACUACGGAUUCACACAUCCCAUGGUGCCCAAGUGCCCCAUGCCAGAAGACUAUCAACAAGCGCGCGACAAGUGGAAACAACGCGCUACCAAUCUGCAACGGGCAUUGGAGGAUGCCUACGAAGAUAUGGAUGUCAUGGAUACAGAAUUGCAACAUGUGCAACAAGUCCUGGCGGAUUGCGACUGUUGUGACAGGCAACAACCGCAAUAUGCACCGCCACAGGAAGCCAAGCUUCCGAAACAACGACAGGGGCUGGACGACGAAAGUCUAAUACAAGGGAACUAUUUGCGUAAUCAAGAUCCAUCACCCAGCCAAAUCCGAGGAGGGGGCAGUGGAGGCAAUAAUCAGAUGGAACGACGGAGUGACAAACUAACAAAUGCGCGUCCUCGAAGCAGCCCUGAUGGGAGUGGUCGAAGAGGCGGUCAUCAUCAUCAGAGUGGAGCUCGAGGUCGUACUGAUGAUGACGUCGAGCGGCAUGGAGUAAGACGCAUGUGGGCGGGGAGGAGUGGCUUGUGA